GACGCCGUUUACUUGGCAUUUGGUGACCGUAACCGCAACGGGACGUGCGUAUUUUGUGCUAGAGUUCGACGAGUGAAUAAAAAUGGCAAAACUCGCUAUUAUUGUGCCCAUCCUCUUCUUCGCCUUUGUGAAACAAAGCGAAGCUGUCCGCUGCUGGCAGUGCUCCUCCGACCUGAACCCGUUCUGCAACGACCCCUUCAACCUCAACCACCUGGACUACUCCGGCUACAUCCCCGCCAGGCUGGAGAACUGCGAUGCCAAUACCGGCGCAUCUUACCCCUACCUCACAUCUUCCAAGUCCGCUUGCAAGAAGCAGAAGAAAUAUGUGAACGGUCAAAUGAUCAUCUCCCGAGGCUGCACAUGGAAGCGGUCAGAUGACUACAGCACCCAGUGCCCGAUGAUCAACAAUCCCAACGAGAUCGCCUCCUUCUGCGAGACCUGCGAGUAUGACGGGUGCAACAGCGCGACAUCUAUCGGCAAAACUGUCGCACUACUAAUCGCGCCCCUGGGCCUUUUGCUGUUUAAGUAAUUUUAGGGUUAACUAGCUUUAUGGGACCAUGUUUUCCGUUUAACCCACCGCAGCCCGUCUAUGCCACGUAGGAACCAGAAUUUUUCGCCCCUUAAAUUGUGUGUUAACUUAAAAA